AAACGUCACAUAAGUGAAAGACCUCCGCAAAUAGCAAAUUCUCGUAGUUGUAUUGGCCCAAGUCGGCAAUGUAAAUGUUACACAAGACCUGCCUUGCAACGUCGUCAACCUUCAUCACCCGACUAACAGAAAAUAGAUCAACAUCAAAUAUGAAUUAGUGACAGCCAGCCAUGGAGCUUCUCCCGGUGCUUGAAGCUCAAGAGAAGCCCAAACAAGGAAUAUGGUAUUCCUUGGCACCGAGCGGAAGGUCCCCGGGUGUGAGCGUGGGACACACCUGUACUUACUGGCCCGGGGAUGGUGGCAGUGGAAGGAUCCUUAUAGUUGGGGGAGCAAAUCCUGGUGGCAGCUUCUCGCAUACACACGCCAUAAAUCUGAAGUGUCUUGAGUGGGAUGCAUUGCCAUGGGAGGGUCUAAAGGCUCGAUAUGAGCACUGCGCAUUGGUGCCCGGAAGCCCGCCGCAGAGCUUGUGGGUGUUUGGGGGUGCGGAGCAGAGUGGCAACCAUAACUGCAUCCAAAAAAUAAAAGUACAAGAAAGCAAGGCACUCUGGGAGAAUGUCACGGUAACGGGCGAGCCGCCCAGUCCAAGGACAUAUCACACCAACUCAGCCUGCAUGGGAAGUUUAUUAUACGUGUUUUCUGGUGGGGAAGCAGGAGCAUCACCUGUCGCCGACCAGAAACUUCACGUCUUUGAUACUGUGUCUUCCACCUGGACGCAGCCAGAAACGCAAGGCCCACAGCCGCCCGUCAGACACGGACACGUUAUAGUGGCGGCAGGCUCCAAGAUCUACAUUCAUGGCGGCAUGGCGAACGACGAUUUCUUGGAUGACAUGUACUCUCUUGAUCCAAGUAAUAUGACGUGGGAGUUAGUGCAGCCCGAAGGUGAUGUUCCACCUGGCGUGGCAGCACAUUCGGCCAUGGCGUUGGGCAACAAUAUUUACAUCCUCGGCGGGCUGACUGCCGACGGAGCCAGCAAUGCCAUGUACACGUUCAACAUAGAAAAAAAGUCUUGGACCCUAAUGAAGUUUGAGGGGGAUUUGCCCCCGAACCGUCUGGACCACUGCAUGUGUUUGCUACCGUGGAAGGUGGAGGCUGUGGGAGAUGGUGGCGAAGUGCAAACAGCCACUGCGAAUCCCGAAGCCGCGCAAACGUCCGCUCCAGCCAAGACACCUCACGCCGAGACAAUACACUUGGCUUUUGUAUUCGGUGGGAUGGACACACAAGGUGUCAUACACAACGACUGUGUUGUGACCGUGGUGACUUGAUGGACCGUAGAGGAAAUAAAAAAAAAUGAAAG